AUGUCUAAACCAGUACCGGAGAAAAGCUUGUGUGAUUUUUUGAUAAAACGAGAUCCAUUAUCGACAAGCAAACUUAAAGUCAGACUGGACUUUCCAAUGGCAACCCUCCCCCUCCUCCGGGAGAAUGGUAUGCCUGAUUCUGCAUAUAUAUCUGCGCCAUGUUACAUGUGGUCUAGUCACAUUACAUUUCCAAAUUCAGUUGGUGUGAUAUCGGAUGCCCAGCUAUGGCAAAUCGCCCUAGAAGCAGGUAGAGAAAUGGAAGACGAAUUCGAACAAUACGAAAUGAUGAACCGUAACAAGAAACUACCGGGGGCUAUGACUGUACUGGCCUUUGACCGUGAGAUCAUUGUUGCCUCAUCCCAGAAAGGAAGAUUCUCGUUCGUGUAUGACUGCUCGGACACUCCGGUCAAGAGAGACUUGAAGCGCUGUCGAAAGAUUGUAUGGCAAAGAAGUGCCAGAAAGAGUGCAAAAAAGAGUACGAAAAAGAGCGCCCGGAAGAAUGCGAAAAAGAAUGCGAGAAAGGGCGCGAGACAGAGCGCGAGAAAGGGCGGUAGAAAGAGUGGGAAAAAGAUUGGGAAAGACUUCCGCCACAUACAUGAUGGGAAAUGUGGAGAGGAAAUGGCUAUGCAUCUAUAUUAUAUGAAACAUGGCCUGAACCUAUCGAAACUGGAGAAUGCGAGAAUCGGUACUGUAAAGCUCAAGCCCAACGGAGAACAUUCUCACAUAGAUCCAUGCUCCGUCGACAAGGAAAAAGCCAAGGACAAAUUCAAGGGCAAAGUCAACGAGGGAUUUGGCUGUAAAGAAUUUACGGACUUGCUGGGGUUGACUGUCUUGGAAAAAGAUACCCUUGGGCAGGCUUACAAUUUUGCUACACUUUUUCCAACUGGGUCACCGACUAUUGAUCACAUAGAGUCGCUUCGGAAUAUUUCGAACUAG